CAGUCUUUGCUCCAUAGAAAGUAACCCUCGGCAUCCUCCUCUGCAGGUACGCUUAGAAACCCUAGAAUUUGUUCUGCUUUCGUUUCUGCACUGUUUAUUAUCUGAACUGAGAGGAAUAUUGCUGUAUUUGUCUGCGUAUUUACGAUUGUGUGGGUGUGGUGUAUGAGGGAGAGGAAUAGAUUAUAUGUGUAGGUUUGGUGAUGGUAGUGGCGAUGGGGAAGGGGAGACCUAGAGCAGUUCAAACAGGGCAAAGCUUGGGUGUGUCGUGUAGUGGAUCGAUUAUUAUACCGGAGGGGCCUGUUUUUCACCCUACUGAAGAGGAAUUUAGAGACCCAUUAGAGUAUAUAUAUAAGAUUAGACCUCAGGCUGAGCCUUAUGGAAUUUGUAAGAUUGUUCCACCUAAGGGUUGGAGCCCUCCAUUUGCAUUGAACUCGGAUUCUUUUACGUUUCCCACGAAAACACAGGCGAUUCACCAACUGCAGGCGCGUCCUGCGUCUUGUGAUUCCAAGACUUUUGAGUUGGAGUACAGUAGGUUCUUAGAGGGACAUUGUGGCAAGAAGUUAACGAAGAAGGUUGUUUUUGAAGGAGAGGAGUUGGAUCUAUGUAAAUUGUUUAAUGGUGCAAGGAGGUUUGGGGGUUAUGAUAAGGUUGUGAAGGAUAAGAAAUGGGGGGAAGUUUUCAAGUUUGUGAGGGCAGGACGGAAGGUUUCGGAGUGUGCCAAGCAUGUUUUGUGCGGGUUGUAUAGAGAUCACCUAUGUGAUUAUGAGUGCUAUUAUAACCGGCUGAACAGAGACAGGGUUAAGAGUUGCAAGAGAAGGAGUCAUGAGGAUGUAAAGAGAGAUGAGGUUCAGUUGAUGAGCUCCAAGAGGAGACGAAAGAAUGGGUAUGGUAAUAAAGCUUAUCUUUGUAAGAUGGAGGAGAAGGAGGAUGAGCAUGAUCAAAUAUGUGAACAAUGUGAAAGUGGCUUGCAUGGGGAAGUAAUGCUUUUGUGUGAUAGAUGCAAUAAAGGAUGGCACAUUUAUUGUCUAUCACCGCCAUUGAAGCAGGUUCCACCAGGGAACUGGUAUUGCUUAGAGUGCUUAAAUUCUGAUAAGGAUAGUUUUGGUUUUGUUCCUGGCAAACAGUAUUCUCUGGAAGCAUUUAGGCGUGUGGCUGAUCGAGCCAAGAGGAAAUGGUUUGGUUCAAGGCCUGCGUCGAGGGUACAAAUGGAAAAAAAAUUUUGGGAAAUUGUGGAAGGAUCAGCAGGUGAGGUUGAAGUUAUGUAUGGCAGUGACCUGGAUACCUCUGUCUAUGGAAGUGGUUUUCCUCGUUUAAAUGACCAGAGACCAGAGUCUAUUGAGGCUAAGUUGUGGGAAGAAUAUUGCAGUAACCCAUGGAAUCUCAACAACUUGCCCAAGUUGAAAGGUUCAAUGCUUCGUGUUGUUAAUCAUAAUAUUACUGGUGUGAUGGUUCCCUGGCUGUAUAUUGGGAUGCUAUUCUCAGCUUUCUGCUGGCAUUUUGAAGAUCAUUGCUUUUACUCAAUGAAUUACCUGCACUGGGGAGAACCAAAAUGUUGGUACAGUGUUCCUGGUAGCGAAGCCAGUGCUUUUGAGGAGGUGAUGCGGAGCUGUCUUCCUGAUCUUUUUGAUUCACAACCAGAUUUGCUCUUCCAGCUUGUCACCAUGUUAAAUCCAUCUGUCUUGCGGGAAAAUGGUGUUCCAGUUUACAGUGUACUGCAGGAGCCUGGAAAUUUUGUCAUCACAUUCCCCAGAUCAUAUCAUGGAGGAUUCAACUUCGGUUUAAACUGCGCAGAGGCUGUCAAUUUUGCUCCAGCUGAUUGGCUACCUCAUGGUGGGUCUGGAGCUGAGCUGUAUAAACUCUAUCGCAAGGCUGCUGUGUUGUCUCAUGAGGAGCUUCUUUGUGUGGUAGCCAAGAGUGAUUGGGAUAGCAAAGCAUCAUCUUACUUGAGGAAAGAGUUACUUAGGAUGUAUACCAAGGAAAGAAGCUGGAGAGAGAAGCUUUGGAAAUGUGGCAUGAUAAGAUCUUCCCCCAUGCCACCUAAGAAGUCUUCAGAAUAUGUGGGUUCUGAUACUGAAGAGGAUCGAACAUGCAUUAUAUGCAAGCAGUAUCUAUAUCUCUCUGCUGUUGUCUGUCGCUGUAGGCCAUUAGAGUUUGUGUGCCUGGAGCACUGGGAGCACCUUUGUGAGUGUCAAUCAAGGAAGCAUCGUCUCCUCUAUCGUCAUAAUUUGGCAGAAUUGUAUGAUCUGGUGCUCAAAGUGGAUAUAGAAGAUUCUGAAGAGGCACCACGAAGUGAUAGUUCAAGAAGACAAGUCUCAGGUCUCAAUAAGACAAGUUCUUUGUCUAAAAAGGUGAAAGGCACAAGUAUUACAUAUGCUCAACUUGCAGGACGGUGGCUUGUCCGGUCACGUAAGGUUUUGCAGAGUCCAUAUUCUGGUCAUGCAUAUGCUACUCUGUUGAAACAAUCUGAACAGUUUCUUUGGGCUGGUACAGAGAUGGAUCAAGUUCGGGAUGCAGUAAAUAAUUUGAUUGAAGCUCAGAAAUGGGCAAAGGGGAUAAGAGAUUGCCUUUCUAAAGUUGAAAACCAGACAAAUAAUCCUGGUGAGAAAGUGCAUCUGGAUUAUGUUGAUAAAUUGCUUAGUGUUGAUCCUUGGCCCUGUAAUGAGUCUGAGCAUCUAAAGCUGAAGGAUUUUGUAGAAGAAGCUAGGUUGUUGGAUCGGGAAAUUGAGGCUGCACUGUCAACAUCCUCCAAGAUCAACGAGUUGGAAUUAUUGUAUUCCAAAGCACAUAGCUUACCUAUCCAUUUGAAGCAGUCAGAGAAGUUAUCUAAAAAACUUUCUUCAGCAAAGGCAUGGAAAGAAUGUGCAAUAAAACACUUGUUGGACAAAUCUUCUGUGGCAAUUGACAUUGAUUUUCUUUACCAGUUGAGAUCAGAGAUAUUGGAGCUUCUGGUUGAAGUUCCCGAGACAGAAAUGCUUUCGAAUUUAUUAAGUCAGGCUGAAGCAUGCCAGGUUCACUGUAGAUCACUACUGAGUGGUUCUAUUACUCUGAAGGAUGUUAAAGUGCUUCUUCAGGGAAUGGAUGGAUUAAAUGUCAAUAUACCAGAGUUGACAGUUCUUAAGCAAUACCAUAUUGAUGCUUCUAGGUUGAUUGACCGUUUUAAUAGUAUUCUAGUGAAUGUUCAUGAAAGGGAAGAUCAACAGACCAUUGUUGAUGAGCUGGAUUGCAUACUAAAAGAGGGUGCAACUUUGAGAAUUCAAGUUGAUGAGAUGCCACUUAUUAAGAUUGAGUUGGAGAAGGCUUGUUGCCGAGAGAAGGCGUUAAAGGCACGUAAUACUAAGAUGCCACUGGACUUUCUUCAGCAACUAGUGGUUGAGGCUGUCAAGCUACGGAUUGAGGGGGAGAAAUCUUUUGCUGAUGUAUCCAGAGUAGUUGCUGCUGCUAUGCACUGGGAGGAAAGAGCGAAUGAUGUCCUUGCACGCAAUGCUCAUAUGUCUGAGUUUGUGGAUCUUUUAAGGACUUCAGAAGACAUUGGUACUAUUUUGCCUUCGCUAGAGAUUGUCAAGGAUGCAGUAUCAAAGGCAGAGACCUGGUUAGAGAAAUCUAAGCCGUUUUUAGAACCUGAUCUUUCUGUUGCUUCUUCCUCUUGUUUCUCACUGAAACUUGAGGACCUACAGGAGUUAGUUUCUGAGUCAGAGUUUCUUAUGAUAUCAUUGGAGGAGAAAAGUAUGGUUGAAAUAGUUUUGAAAAAAUGCAUGGAAUGGGAGCACGGUGCCUGUUCUCUACUGCAGGAGGUGGAGUGCCUAUAUCAUACUAUUGACAUUGGUGAUGGGAAGAGCAAUGGUCUUGUUUCAAAAAUUCAACAGCUAGUUACCUCUCUGAAAUCUGUCAUAAAUUCUAGUCUCUCUCUUGGUUUCAACUUCCAUGAGAUUGCAAAACUUGAAAAUGCGUGUUCUACACUGCAAUGGUGCAAUCAAGUCCUCCUUUUCUGUGAUGGCAAGCCAUCUUGUGAGGAUGUUGAGAGGUUGAUGGCAGUAGCAGAGCACCUUUCUAUAAUGUGUACCUCCCAUACUAUGUUGAGCUCACUGAUUUAUGGCGUGAAAUGGCUUAGGAAAGCCUCAGACGUGAUACCUGCACCAUUAAAUUGUCAAACAUGCAGGUUAUCUGAUGCUGAAGAAAUUCUUGCAGAAUACAAGGACAUUAAUGUCUCUUUUCCAAUGAUGGUUGCACAAGUUACAGAUGCCAUACGGAAACAUGGGUUAUGGCAAGAAGAUGUGUGCCAUUUUUUUGCUCUGGAAUUCAAGGAUAGGUCUUUGUCUCAAAUGGUAGAGCUCAAGGAGUCUGGGAAAGGUGUAGCCUUUACUUGCACAGAGCUAGAUAUGGUUUUAUCAGAAGUUGAAAAGGUUGAGAAAUGGAAGCAACGAUGCUCUAAUAUUAUUGGGACUUUGGCUGGAGAUGUUUGCUCACUGCCUGGAGCCUUAGAGAAGAUCAAGGAGUCUCUAGGUAAAUCUUUGGACAUAUAUGAGAAAUUGAGGGGCUCUGAAGGGAAAUACCUAUGCAUGUUGUGUGCAAGUUAUGAGAAUCUGGAGUUUUUAACUUGCUCAACAUGCAAGAAUUGCUAUCAUUUGCGGUGCCUACGAUUAAAGUUUGUGGAAGCUCACAAUUGUCCCUCUUGCCAUUUCUUUUUGGGUGAAUUGGUACCUCAAGAUGGCAGUGGAUUUUUGGCUAGUGGCAAGCAACCUGCUUUAAAGAUGCUCACUGAACUUCUAUCUGAUGGUGAAACAUUCUGUGUAAGGAUUGAAGAAAAAGAUCUGUUACAACAGCUUGUAGACCAAGCUUUUGCUUGCCGAAUGCACUUGACAGAAAUAGUUGACUUUGAAAUGUCUUACUUGGAUAAAGAUCUAACUGUUGUCUCCAAUAAACUUACUGCUGCAUUGAAGGCCAUUGAAGUGGCAAUUACAUAUGAUGAUCAAGGUAAUUGCAACCUGGUGCGGGCAUUGGCAAGACAUUCUUGGAGAUUAAGAGUUAAUUGUUUAUUAGACAGUUCAGAAAAGCCUACAAUCAAACAGAUUCAGCAGCUUCUAAAAGAGGGAAUGGACUUGAACAUUUUACCUGGAGAUUACUUCAGAAAGGAACUUACGGAAUUGGAGGACACUGCUUUGCAGUGGGCAGAUCGUGCUAAUAAGGUUGUGGCGGAUUCAGGGGCCCUUGGUUUGGAUAAAGUUUAUGAACUAAUUGUAGAAGGAGAAAAACUACCUGUUUUGAUGGAGAAGGAACUUGAGUUAUUAAGGGCUCGAAGCAUGCUUCAUUGCAUUUGUCGGAAGCCCUACGAAGAGAGAUCAAUGAUUGCUUGUAGUCGGUGUGGUGAAUGGUAUCACAUUGCUUGUGUUAAACUAGUGUCCUCACCAAAGUCUUACAUCUGUGCUGCAUGCAAACCUCAGACUGAAGAUGAAUUGUCUUUGUCACCCCUGUUGGAUGAUCCGAGAUUAACAAGCACCAAAUUUGUUGAACCAAAGACGCCCUCUCCUCAACAUACAAAACCAGGAAAGCGGCCGAAAAUUUUAGGAGCCAGUGUAAGGCAAAAGAUUCCGACUGCUUCUGAUUCGGAUGAUAAAUUACGGCGUUCAGGUGGAAUGGAUCGAUUGUGGUGGCAAAAUCGGAAGCCAUUUAGAAGGGUGGCCAGGAAGCGUUCUGAGCUUGAGAGCCUUAGUAGAUUUUUUUAGCAUACAAGAUCGUGACCAUAGGUUCUCCAGUCAUUUUAUCAUUUAAUUUAUUCUUUUGAUUCUUGUAUAAGCAAAUAAACAAUCACGGUCAAUUUACUCGGCUAGACCUUCUUUUUUUUUAUUUUUAAUUUUCUUGAAAUAUUUAUGGGCUACUUGGGGGGAACAGAUACGAACAACGUGUGUUGGGUAUUUGGUCAGAUCAGAAGGCCCUAAUAAUGAGAUUUAUGAGAU